CACCCCCUCCCCCUCCCACGUCUACAACGUCUACAACACAGGCCGCAGACGAGAUCGAUUACGUUUUCUUCUGUGUUGAUUCUUUAGUGUUGUUUGCAUAUUUGCUUAUCGAGGCGUUACUCUUACUCUGCGUUUUGAAGAUUUUCGUGCAAAACUACUGUGCUUCUACGCUGAAGAGAAUGCAGCUAUUGGAGUGAAGAUUUUCGCCUGUUAGCCGAAAGCAAGAGUCAUCCCGAUGUCGUCUGGUAAGUUGAGAAGAGAGCGUUCCAGUUCAAGGGAACGUCACUCGCGGAAGGAAGGCGAUGCCAGGAGUGAAACAAGAAGACAGGAGAGAUCAGCUGAUGUUUCUGAGCUGAAUGAAGAAGAAUAUGAUGAAGAAUGGGAGCAUGAAUGGGAAGACAUUGAUGAAAUUGGGAAAGGCAGAUCAAAGUUCCCAAUGUCUCAAGGAAGAGCUCAUUACCAAAAAUGGAGAGGACGUAAUCAGUCCCGGGGUCAGCAUCGCUUUAACAAAUGGGAUAGGACUUCUGGACCUGACAAUUUUACUGAAAGUAACCGAAAAUCUGGAAGAAGGCAGAUAGCCCCAGAAGAAGAAGAAAUGCUAGAUAUGGAUCCAGGUGUUGAAAUGACAAACUUAAAAGUUAAAAUUCAAGAUGGGAAAAGGUUUGCUGCACCUGAAGAAUUUGACACUGAAAUGAUUGCAGGAAGAAAAAAUUUCUCCAAAUUUUCAAGAGGUAGAGGCUCAAGAGGAUAUCAUGGGGCAGGGCGGGACAGGUGGACUCAAGGCAACAAAUUCAAACCCCAACCAGAUGAAUUAGUUGACUGCAGAGAAGUUUUAAAUAGAAGGAAAAGGCACAUUCCAGAUCAAUCUGAGAGUGAUCUGCGUGAGAAAUUAUCAAAAAAGGAUCCAGACCUUGGUGAUCUUCGUGAAAUCAUUGAGUCAAGGGACCAUUGCGUUGGGGACCUUCGAGCUCUCAUUGAUGAGCCUCCAGACAUAAGUUUAAUGGAUGAAUAUGCAGAUGAUAUCAUUGAAGAUAUUGACCUUCAGGAGGAUAUUCAUAUCCAAAAUGAGUACUUUGACGAAGCUCAUAGUGAGGUACAUGAUAUUUCCGAGAGAGAGUUUCCCGUUGAAGAUUUUAAUGUUAAUGACAGAUAUGAGUUUGAGGAAGUCCCAGAUGUUGGUGGAAUCAGUCCUCGUGGUGGAUCGCAUCAUCGCGAUGUGGUUAUACGUGACCAAGAUGAUUGGCACCAAAGAAGAUGGCAAAGAAGUAGGUCGAGAGAAAGAAGCUUUGGCCAAGCUGAAGGUUGGGCCGCGCGUAACAGGAGAGCAGAGAACUGGAGAAGGAAUCAACAACAUAAAGAGGGCCCGGACCAGAGAGCUUCAACACGAGAAAUUUCAACUCAUCUAAGUCCAAGGUCCAGAAGUCGGGAUCUUUCUCGCAAUCGCAGCAGAGAAAGAGUGAGAAGUCCAUCAGGAAGAAAUUUCAGGGAGAGUAGAGGUAAUAGCUUUGAUCGUGGAGUAAGGUUGAGAGGUCCAAGCUGGGAGCGUGAAAGAAGUUUUGGAAGUGUAUCGUCUCGGAGCCGAGGAAUCAACAUUGAAAGAGGAAGAAGAGGAAGCUUUGAAAGAGAUGUAAGAAGGAUAAAUGAAGAGGGGCCUGGAAGAAGACCAUUUCCUCCAGAUUUAAGUGAUGUUCCAUCUCCUGGUGGUGAUAGAAGACAACUAAGAAGUCCUCUCCUGGAUCAGGGAAGAAGGGAAAGGGAAAGAAGCAUUGAACGUGAUGGAACCAGUCGGCAACACCGAAGCAUUAGUCAGGAUGCUGUGAGAACAAUAGGCAGAGAUAGAAGCCGAAGCCAUGACAGGAGAUUUAGGAGAGGAAGCCAAGAAGGGCGUCAAAAUAGAAGAAGUAUCAGUGCAGAAAGGGGGAGGAUUCUUAGUCAGGAGCGGAAUCAGGAGAGAGGUGUAGGGAGGGAAAGGGAUAGGAAGAGAAGUCCACAUCAAGAUAGCAAUUGGAGUUCAAAUAGGGUCAUGAACAGGGAAAUUGGUCAAGAAGCGAUUAGGAACUUUGAGCAGGAAAGAAGCAGGCAUUUCAACCAAGAAAGGGACAGGAACUUUGAUCAAGAAAGAAGCCGAAACUUCAAUCAAGAAAGAAACAGGAACUUCAACCAAGAAAGAAACAUGGCUUUUGAUGAAGAAAGAAACAAGAACUUCAACCAAGAAAGAAACAAGAAAUUUGUCAAGGAAAAUAAAAGGAGUAUUGAGCAAGAACUAGGUAGAGUUUCUCGUUGGGAUUCAGGCAAUAGUCGUGAUAGGAGUCCUAGGAUAGAUACUGGGGCUAACUUAGGGAGAGAGAGGAUAAGAAGCCCUAAUUGGGGGGGUCCACGAACACCAAGUGCUGAAAGUUACAGGGAACCUGGUUGGGAUGGAGCCAAAAGUCCUGCAAGAGAGAGAUCCAGGAGUAGAGGUAGACCAGGUCUUCAACCUGGGCAUUCAAGAGAUGAUAGUAGAGGCAGAGAGACUGAGGGACGUAUAAGAGAACAGAGGGACAGAGGGGCUUUGAGAGCCAAAGAGCCAGAAAGAAGAGACCAGACUCAAGAUCUGAUCAGAAGAAGAGAUCAAGAUGGACCUUUGAACAGACCCAGGGAUCUAGAAAAAGAAUCUGUUGCAAAGAUAGAAAAGAACCGUAAGAGGGAAAAUGAAGACACUACAAAUAAAGACAGGGGAAGAGGAAUACUAAGAAGCCCUGAUCGCCGCAAUCAGGAUAAAGUUAUCAAGAAGACACCUCAGAUGUUGGUGGAAGAAUUUAAGCAAAGGUAUGUUAGAGAGAGUGGUAAGGUGGAAAAGUAUGACAGAAGAGAAGAGUACUUACUGAAGCAGGGGCAGGGAAAGGAUAGUGUUGGGCAACAAAGGAAGCUUAGUGGUGGUCAGGAAGAUUCAAGAGAGUGGGAAAAUAUAAGAGACUUCCAAGAGAGAAGAAAUGCCCAGACCAUAGUUGGCCUUCCUUUCCUAGACGAAAGCAGAAGACCAAGAGACAGCUCAUCUCACAAUCAACAUUCAAGAAGUCAACCGAACCGUGGAGAGAGAAUUCAAGGCAAGACAGAUGCCCAUCUUCAUGGAAAUCAAGCACGAUUAUCAAGCACAGUGCAUCAUCAAAUAAAAGAUACACCUAUGAACUGGCAGAACCAAGAUAACAGACAAACUUUCAACCAGCAAGAAGAGGAUAGACGCCGAUCUCGUUGGGGAAGUCCGAGCAGAAGAGAUAAGUCCUCUGAUCACCGUGAUGGUCACAAAUCAGCUCCAUAUUCUACUCAAAGUGCAACAACCAUUCAUCAAUCAACAUCAAAUGGGAAAGCUGAUGGCGACUUUUGGAGAAGAAAUCUUCCCUCCCUUGGCGAGUCCCAAUCUCAAUGGAACAAGCCUCGGUCUGACCUACCCAGCACUCCUGGAAAGGAUUCCAGGAACCAAACUACAUUUACCAAACAUCUUCAAUCUCCCAAAGAGGUGAUAUUUGUACGCGGACUUGCCAGAGAUGUCACUGAAAUGGAUAUACGUACAGAUGUCAGCAACUGUGGGUUGUGGGCUAAAGAUGUUCGUGUGGUGCACGCUAAUGAUACAGGUGUGUCUCGAGGCCUUGCAUUUAUUACUUUUAACUCAGUUGAUGAAGCCACACGUUGGAUGGAACUAAGACGGUGUGUUCUAAAUCUACGCCCUAACAAUCAUGCUGUAAUGGAGUACAGCAAUCCUAUCUUAAAAGACUGGGAGUGUGUUAGAUGUCUUAUAGUAAACUUCAAAAACAGAACUGCGUGUUAUCAGUGUAACCGUACAAAAGAGGAUUGUUUGGAUGGUUGGGAAGAAACAUGUCCCUACCCUACAAAUGCCCUUCUGUUACGAGGGUUGAAUCCUGUAACAAGUAUAGUUGAGAUUUCCAAGGCAUUGAAAUCUAGAAUGAUUGCUCAUGCAAGAUUAGAUGGUGUGAGGAUGGGUACAGAUGCGAAGGGUCGCCCUCGCUCUGUUUGCUUCGUUCAACUAACAAGUGUUACUGAUUCAAUGACACUCCAUAAGUCACUGGUAAAUGAGCCUCUCAUAAUUGAUAACUGUCAAGUUUCAGUUGCAUACUGCCAAUUGGACAAGUUACCGCCAAUGAACACCCAUGCACUAGGAAGCCAAAUACUUUCCAACGUACCUUUGGUGUCUGCUUUGCCUCCUGUCAUUCCUCCCACUCUGCAAUCAGCCUUACCAUCCAACAACAUUCCUGUAGUAUCAAGAACUGCAGCAGCUACAGUGACAGCUCCUGCUCCUGCUCCUGCUGCCAAACCAGUUAAUGUGACGACUGCUAGUAUUCGUUCCAUGCUUGAGGGAAAUUAUACAGAAAAGGACAUUCCUACACUAGCUCAGUAUUGUGCCUCUGCUUAUGCAAAGAAUCCUCAAGAGCAAGCUGCUUAUAUUCGUUACUACACCAAGCAUUACAAAGAAAAACUUCAGAAGAGCCAAGCUGGAGGUGGAAAAUGAAAGAACACUUGUUUUCAAUUUUGAAUCACAAAAUUUGAUGGUCAUGUGUUAUGUUGCACACACUUAAGAAUAUUCUUUUAAAUCUACAAAUUAAUUUGUAUCCUUAUAACAAACAGAUACGUAUCUUGUGUUGAACGUGGCAAAUGUGUCCAAUUUUAGAACGUAGGUAGUUACUCAAUGUUCUGCAAGAACUUCAAUCACUUUCUGUGAUAAUAUUUUUCUUUGAGAGUUCCAGCACUAAAAUCAAUCUUUAAAAUCUGUUGUUAAAACUUUACUGCAGUAUCCAAAAUUGCCUGUUUGCAAAUUAAACUCAAAACAAUGAACUGAAGAUUGAAGUUGUCAUUAUAGAGGAUGGAAUCAAAAUUAAAUUACCUUAAAAUGUUUCUUUAUCUUUAAGGUCAGAAAUGUUUAAAUGUGGUGACACUUUGUCAUUCUUUUAAUGUGAAGCCAAGUUGUGCAUAAUUGCACAUUAUGGGUGAAUGGGCCAUGUAUUGGACUGUGAUCUGAUCUGAGGGCAGUAUUGUUUUUAUAGUCACUUGUGUGAAAAUUAAGUGUUUUGCCAUCUGAUCAAUUUUGUCUUUGCUACAUGUAUUUUCCAGUCAUAUUGUUAGCUGUAUAUGUGGAUGAUUUUGAAUUUUGACUUGCUAUUCACAAUGUUUUAUUGCUUUGAUUGAAACUGUGUGUAAAACUAUUCACAUUGCGUGUAAAUUAUUAAAUAAUGUAUAAUAAAGACCUUUACAUUAUAUUACA